UAAUAAUGCACAGGACUUUCAGCAACCUAAUUUGGAACUAGAUUAUUUUUCAAAUAAUCUUCUAGCCCAAACCACUUUAUGAUUGUAUGAUUCUAAUCUUAGGAAAAGAAAGUCUUCAGCAUCUGUGGGUUGUACCUAGGCUGUAAGCAGUGCUCCUAAGGUGCUGCCUACUGUGACAGUUGCUGUCAUUGCUGAAUACUUGUGACUCUUGAGGGAAAAGGUCGGGGUGAGAGAGGAGAGAGAGGGUCCUCUUGAAUAACAUAGAUGAAUUGAGUAGUGGUUGUCUUUGGACAGUGAAUCAGUAACUUGUUGAAGCUUCUGUUUUACCAGCCUGUCUUGUGGCUCUCUGGGAUAUAGGUGCCCUGCUGGUACCUCGUAGGCUCACUCUGGACAGGAGAUGUAGGCACAGUCCUGGAAAAGUGCAGUUCCCAGGUAGCUCUGAGUCAUUGUAUUUUGUUGAGAUGACAGUAGCACCUCACACAGGUCCACUCCAGAACAUGCCUGACAUGACAAGAAGCUGUCAAGUUAUAAACAGCUGUCCUUUGGUUGAUGUGAGUGGUUCUGAGGCAAGAUGUCUGUUGCCUGGAGCCGGCAAUACCAGUGCACAUGGAGUUAAAAGAACAGCCAGGGGACUGUGCUGGCCAUGGCCCCUCAUCUCUAGACAGCUGUUAUAAUAUAGUAUGUGUGCCUGUGUUGGUGAAACUGAAAAGCAUGUACUGAUAUAUCACAGGAUCCUCUUGCAAAAUGUAGUGUGAAUGUGGCUAUUGUGCUCCAAAGAAGGCUGGGACUUCUCCGAUAUGGAUGUGACAGGGACAUGCCUUCCAGGGUAGACAUUGACAUGGUAAUUUAACAAAGUCAGAAUAUAAUGUAGCCAAAGCAGAAAUUUCUUUGGAGUUCUGUGCUAAAGCUCCAACACAUCAGGUCACAAAAUCCAUUUCUGGCUGCUUAGGUAUGUCUGGCGAUGCAUCUGUCCUAACUUUCAUUUUCAAAUAAUGUUUCUUGUAGACCCUUGACCAGCAGUGGAAUUAUAUUAGUGUUCUCUUUUGAAGUGGGCCAAGUAUGUAUCCAAGCAUGCAAAAUUUGUGAAGACAGACUAAGUAAGAAAAAGAGACCUGAGCUGAUGGUCCAGAGAUCAAGCUUGACCCAAGAGAAAAUGGGGAAUACAAAAGCCUGGAUUUUACUCUGUACUCUAGGGUCUGCCUCUGCAUUUUAUUAAAAACACUGAACAACCAGGCCACCAUCCUGAAAUGUGCAAGUUUUGGUAUCAAACCUUCUUGGACCGUGAAAUGUUUAGAUUCUGGCAUUUUUGUGUUCUUGACCAGUGCUCUAAUAAAGAUUUAGGAUGCAAAAUAUCUGUGUUACCAAAGUGCAAAAGGAGGCCCUUCCUAUUAAGGGUUUUUUACGAGUCUUUUUCUGAAGAUGGAGGGAACAUUGGUAGAAACAGAACAGGAUCUUUUGCUAUCAUCUGUUCUUCAGGGAUAAAGUAAUGAAAGCAUCAAACUAAAGACAAGUGUGGAUUAAAAUAUAGGUAAGGUAUAGUAAGUAACAAGGACAAAAAGACGUCUGUUAGGAAGAAAUUAUUUUCAAAAGUAUGAACAAGAGUCCCAGUUGAGCAGGGAGCCUAAGAGAUAGUGUCACUGUAAAUUUCAAAUGCACUGAUGUUUCUACAUAACUCUUAGUUUUCAAAAAAUGUGGCAUGGGUUAAUUAUACUGCCCAGCUUUUGGCGAGAAUCUUAACGGGGGUUCCAAAACCUGAUGUAAUAAAAACAGUGGAUGAACAUAGUAAUUCCAGGAUACAAAUUAUGCAGAAGCUGUAAAGUAGCUAGUUUAGACAUUUUUUAAAAAAAGGUUCAAAUGAAGCAAAUAACAAGGUAGUUGUUGCCUGUUGAACUUAAUAACAGCUUCAGUCCACACAGAAACUGUCUUGACUGAAACAUUGUUCCUGCAUAGAAAGAGUACAUUGUUAGAGCUGUGCUACGAUCGGCUUUAUGCAGAAUGUGACCGAGGUGUUCUAAGAAAUACCAGAAACAAUAAGAGAAUCAAAUUUCAUAAGGUGAAUGACACUGUUAAUUUCUAUGGAAACUGGAGGUAAAUGAUACACUAAGGAGAGUCAAAAUGGUGUUUGUUAGAGAGUAAAACAUCCUUGACCUGCUCACUCCUGAAUAUUGUCUUCAGGACUCCUAUCUUACAAAAGAGUAUAGUAAAAAUGAAGAGGUGUAUUACUUAUCAUAGAAAAUAUAGAGAAGGUAUGCUGGAAAACAAUACAACUGUGACUAUUUUGGCAAAGGUGAGAUGAGAAUGGGUAUUCCGUGUUUUUUUAAAGCAACAAGGGGGAACCUGACUGAAUUAUUUGGAAGCAGUUUUAAAAUAAAAACAAAGCAAAUAAACAUAGUUUAAUCACACAACUCACUGCUCCAAGAAGUUUUGAAAACCAAAAGGAUAAAUGAUGCAAAGAGCUGUUUUACUAAUAUCUUUAAGAAAGUUCCAGAAGCAGCUAUUAAAACCAGUGAUCUCCAUGUGGCUUUUGGUUCAGUAAAUCCAUAAGAUCCAGGUCAUUGGAACAUGUCAGCAUACAUUGUUAAAAUAAUCCAUGUAAGUAGGAUAUUUCACUUCUUAUUUUUUCUAAGCAUCUGUUACUGAUACACAGGAGAGUGAGUUGGGCAGAUUUUUGAUUUGGUGUGGUUUUGUGCAUAGAUGUGUCACAUCCUGCUCCUGUGAGCACUCUGGAUUCAUUGAUGCCCGUGGUCAAAGUUUUCCUGGACCUAUUUGAUAAUGGGUCAGUGGGCUUUGAGGGUCUUUUGGUGGUCUCAAUCCACCUCUACUGGAUUGACCCUUCCUUGACAGCUCCUGCCUGCUUGUUGAUAUCACUUCAGUGCUUGCUCUGUCCUUUAUGUGGUCACCAUGGACCAGAACAGGGAAGUGGGCCCAGAAGGGUGCUUCCCUACCUCCAUAAGGCCCCCCUUUCCAGACACAACCUGUUUUAACUUCCCUGCUUGAGUGGCCAUUAGUGUUUGAGGCAUAGCAAUGCAGUAACUGCUUAAUGUCUGAGCUUCUGCAAGUUGACAAAAUUUAGUCAUUUUUUAACAAAAAAAUUUAAAUUACAUUUUGUUCAGUAUGGCGAUUGAUGCUGCUUAUCUAAAAAUAAAGUAUUGGAAAAUUGACAAACUGGACUCACAUGAAGUAUCUAAAAUACAAGUACAGUUGAUACAUUGGCAGAGUAGAUGUAUUUUAUGUGUAAAGCCAAAUCCUAGCAGAUGCUGUUAGUUGUAUAUUCCCCACUGUAGCUGAUAUAAAAGGUUUUGUAAGAGCACUGAGUACUUGGGUCCUGGCACUGUCCUACUGAAAGAUAUCUCUCAGUGGUGAGCAAGCCGUCUCUGUGGAAGAAAACUUCCCAUUCCCCUUGGGCAUAUCACAUGUAGUCUCCAUAUGAACCAGAGCGUGUGUUUUUGAAAUACUUGUUCCUUACGAUGGGUAGUGGGACUAUGUGAAAGAUAGCACCCAGAGAGGCAUUCCUGGGCAUUUUGUUGUGCUAACAAGUAUUGAGGUGUUGUGACUCACUCCUACCCUGCUUUCACAAUUGGUGGUGUUGAACUUUGAAAAAACAUGCGUAUUUCUCAAAGCUGCAGAUAGGCUAUAGAACAAGACGCUUCUAUUGAUACAAUUAGAUAAUAACUGAAAUAAAUUCAAAGCACAGAUUUCUAGGGUAAAAGAACCUGGUAUUCCUGCUGAUGAAAAAGAAGAAACUAGUCUUUCAGGACCCCCACCUCAGCAAAGCUGGUUUUCUUUUUAUUAAAUUCACUAGAAAACCAGGAAAAUAAGAAUGCAUUUGAAUACCCAUGAAGUUGCCUGGUACAUAAGUCUAGAAACAAAAUUCCCAUUAUAUAUGGAAUUUAUAUAUGGAAUUUACAGAAAAGAAAUCUGUUGAUCUGAUCUAAUGCUGAUGUGAUGAAAUCCAGAGGGAAGAGGCUUGUACUGUGAUUUUCAGAAAUCACUGUUUCCUAUUUUUCACUCUGAAACAUGUGAAAUGAGUUGAGCAUGCUUUCUAUUUCCCAGAACUAGCAAUUUUCUGUCUUUGGAAAGUUUUAGAGGGAGGAGCUCAGAGGUGCUGUGGGAGGGACUAAAAUUCACAUUAAAGUUUUGGCACGAGAGGGAGAAUUGUCAGAGUAGAAGGUUUCUUCUGAGGUUUUGCUUUUUUAAUUUUUUUUUUUUUUUUUUCAAUUUAGGAUGAUAGGUAUUUAUGUUCAGAUUCUUCUAAUCAUUCUCUUUUGGAAUGCUGAUUGUCAGAUUAUUCCCAGGAUUGAAGAAUGUGGACUUUCAUGUUCUCAGGGGAUUCAUUGUAAAAGCAAACCUUCUGGUGGCAUUUUUAACAGCUUCUGCCAUGAUUCUCCUGCAUCUUUAUCUUCUAUGGUACUGAAAAGCAUGAAGAUCUCAACAGUGAUGAAAUGUGUCCAAGGAAGCCCAUGCUCUCUUCAUUUAAACAUUAAAGGAGCACUGAGUCUAGAUGAGAAUGUCCGUGGGCUGGAAAUAUGUUCUUUUUCACUGGACACACAGCAAUCUCAGUGCACAAAUGUGAGAUUCACUAGGAAAAAAAGCAAGAUGCUUAAUGGAAAGAAGGUACAGGUACAAUUCAAUUGCUUUGAAGUCAAUGUAGCACAACACAUCUAUGUGACCAUGAAAACUGUACCACAUUACUGUGAAGUCAAGCUGAGUCAGCAGUACUAUGUUGAAGAUUGCAGAAACAGUGAUGUGGGAAAAUAUAUUCCAGCUUGUUCAGCUGGAAAGUUAGAUUACAAUUUAGACAGGGCAAGGAAAACUGUAACAGUGAAUGUAUCUAACUUCCCCCGAGAUCAAGAUUAUUACGUUCGCCUCUGCCACAAAUGGUUUACCUGUGAAGAUGUCGGGGCAUUUGCUGUGAUAAAAGGAAAGGAAUCUUUUAAAUCUGUUUCUCUGAAAUAUUCUCAGCUACUCCCUUGUCUUUGCGUUGAGGGUUGGCUGGCACUUCCAGAUGCAAGGAGGAUACAGCUUUGCCCCUUUGAAAAUGAUACACAAGUUCUGUGGGAUAAUACUGUUUAUAACCCAUUGACACAAACCCUUGCUUGGGAGCCAGCCUGUCCUGUCCUUGUCAUGGUUAACCUGUGCAGGUUCACCAAGUCGAAUGACCAUUGUGAAGAUAUAGAAAACUCUUUCAGAAAUUCUCCUGAGAAACAGGUUAAAUAUUCUCGUGUGGACACUCACCCAAAACUUUGCAUGAAGUUUACAACCAAACGAGGAUCUUGGAUUAAAUGUCCAUUUGCUCAUGGAGAAUUUCCAGCCUGGAAAAUGAGGACUGCUGCAGUUGCUGAACAAAUACAAGUUUUCUUCACGUCCCAAACCAAGGCACAGUUCUCAGUGCUUGUGUGUAACAGGACGCAGAUGGCUUCAUGUGAAUCUCUUGGGAUGCACCAUUCAGUCUCUGUGGGAGAUUCUGUUUCAAUCCCUAUGUCACGGGAAAUGUGUGGCUCAACAAUUUGCAUUCAGGGCUGGAGAACAGAUGUAGAUUAUUCAGUUCCACUGCAGGUCUGUGAUACCUACUGUGUUUAGUCUGGAAUCAGAGGUCUGCUGCUAAAGUGAGAAGAAAGGGAGGCAAAUAACCAGUGGAAGUGAGACAUUUGUAAAGUAAAAAGGCAACCUUUGAGAGCCCUGAAACAAACUCAGAUCUGCUGUGCAUGAUCAUGCUGUGCAUGAUAUUCACAUUACUAGCACCUGUCCCCUGCUUUCUCACUGAUGUUUGCAUGCAGAUCAGUUCCCCCUGUGCUCUCACUGAUUAGACAUGUCUGCUCAGCCAUUCCAGUGCUGCUUCUUAUUGCCACAAUCCUUUACAAAAUACCUCUCCUAGGCUACAGACAAAUCAGUUAUUAAUGCAGCCCAUGGAGGUGCAAUUUGGUAGACCCCAAGCCCUUAAAAAUUCUCUUCCUUUAAGGACACCCUUUCAGAGCCAACCUAGAAGAGUGUAAGCAACCUAGAACUCCAGAGAAAACAGAGAUGGUCUGAAAAAGCCUUGUUAAAAGAUGGGGAAAAGAUGCAGCCUUGCAAAAGCUAUGCAAAUCGUGUGGUUGAGAAGGGGCUACCAUCCUUGCUUUGAGGCAGUCUUUGGCUUCUCCCUUGUCAGAAGAUGCCCUUCAGAAUAAAGUAUCCUGGUUUUGUUUAUUUGUUCAUAUGAGCACAGUUUGAACUGUGACAGUCAAGAACACAAGCUGUAGACAAAUGGUUAGAUUUGUUAUUUUACACCAACUAUAUAUGAAUGCAAUGAACUUUUUCACAUUUUGGAGAAAAUAACCUCACAAAAAUCUUCUUUCCUCUUCUGUUUUUCUCCUAGGAUGAAGAGUGUGCAGUCCUUGCAUUGAAUUAAACAUGUUCUCAAGGUUCUCAGUAUCUUUUCAACAUUGUAUUUUGGUGCAACUUGCAAAUCUUGUCUAACGCUCAUGAUACUUUCUAAAUACUGUGAAAUUAUUCUCAUGAGUGAAGAAUUUAGCAACUUGAGCCUACUCUAAUAUGACAAAUUCAGAUUAUGAUUCCUCAUUUCCCAAGUAUUUCAAAACAAAAAAUGUCUUAGAUCACUUAGAAAAUCAGGUCCACAUUUCCCAUCUAAAGUAGCAUUUUAUAUAAAACAUGCUAUACUUGAGUACUUUCAUAGUACUGUGUACCUAUAGAACAAGUAUUUCAGAUUUUCUUGUUUGUAACCUUCAUUUUUAACCAUAAGCAAAAAUUUUUGAGAAAUGAAGUAUGGAGGAAGUUUUCUCAGCUUUGAUACAUUAUUCUUCUUUGCAAUUUCCUGUCUUGACUUUCUCAUGCCGUUCUGAUAAUCUCACCAUCACAGCCCAUAUUCCUCAAGUAUAUCUAACAACUGCUUUCUGUGUUUGCAUUUGUGUUUGACAUGGAGAUAAUUUUCCUAUUUGUCUGAGGUAGUACAUGUCUUUGGUUCAAUAUCUAUUUAAAACUGCCUUGUGGAAAUCCACUCUAGAAGGAAAUAGUUUAAUGGAAAUAUUUUUUCCCCAUUAUAUCAUUAUUUAUACUCAAUUGUUCAGGAUAAUAUUACACAGUGUACUGAUUAUCAAAUAUUUGGCCUUUAUUUCACUGAAUAGUCCUGUCAAACAUCCUUCCUAUUGUGUAACAUGGGAAUAAAGGCAACUAAAAGAUGAUUAAUGGCAUAUCAUGAAACCGUGUGGAAUUGAUCAUGUGAGGUCAGGAAUAUGGGUUAGGAGUAUCUGGAACAAGUUGAUCAAUAAAAAAUAUUUUCCAUCUGA